AUGAGCGCCUGCCGUAACCUUGCCGUAAACAACGAAGAAGAAAGCACCGUCUCCUUCGCUCAUCAUACAGUAAAGCAAUUUCUAUUUUCACCACAAGAGCACGGGGGCGUACUUUCAUCCCUCGCCAACCUGGACUCGAGCGAAGAGGAAGUUGGAGACUUGUGGUCAAGAAGGCCGACCUUCUUAACCCUAGAGUUCAGAAGGCUUUAUACACCGUUACAGAAAGUGUCCUUCAGUGCGCCGCCCAGAGCGCGCUUGCUGGCGAAAACCUUGCACGUCACGAAGCCAGCUUCUUUUCAUAGAAGCUCUCUGGAUCUUCUUUACACUUCCACUUAUACCAUUCUUCCGCUACACUGCCAAGAUGGCCACCCACGAGAGCGACCACACCGAUUGCCGACACCACCACGGGCAAUCACGUCUUUAAGGUCUGGAGACAGCUCUUCACUGCCGAAAGAUUGCGGGUUCGCGAUCAUAUCAAUGCUAGAUGCGCGGAUGUUUCUUAGAAGCACGAAAGUGAAGAUGACGACUUCACCAACAACCAGCUCCAGUAUCCAGAGCGCGGCAGAAUUGCCAGUUUUUUUGGCAUCGUCCCGCGAACAGACGAAGGGUAUCCCAGAACAUACUCAGAGGCCACAAGAGCUGCUUGACCGACGAGCUGCAGAGGCCCCAGCCGUGGCCGAAGAGAUGGCAGCCGCAGACCGCACGGCUGAGAAAAUGAAAAAGCUGCUUGAAGCAAAGCGAGCCAAGAAGCAGGAGGAAAUUGAGGCGGCGAAGGCCCAGAAGAACAUGGAGACGCAAGCUAAGAAGGGCAAAGAUUUGCAAGCUGAACAUGCAGACUGA